GGAGGGGGGCGUUCUAGCGAGCCCGGGGCUUAGGCUUUUUUACGUCUCCCCCCGCCUCGCCCCCCCGCACUCCAUGCCGGGUCUCUCUCUCCAGCUCGCCUCGACUGGCUGGCACGGCGGGAGAACUGGCGCAAACCUCGCCGCCGCAAGCCUCGCGCGCGUUCCAGCCCCAGCCUCUCCGCCUUCCCCGGCGCCCUCCACUCCUGCCAUGGGGCUAACUUGCGGCUCCUAAGAGUUGCCGCCUCUGAGCAGCGCACGCUCCCGCUCAUUUCCCCGCGGGCGGGCGAUGGCUUAGGGCGCCCGAGGGGCCAGCCUAGAGGUAACGGGAAGGGGAAAGGGACGGCUGAGUGGGGAGUAAGAGGCCAAACAAUGAGUUUCCACAAGGAGGACGGAGUGAGCAGCCUGUGCCAGAAGGCGCUGCACAUCGUCACCGAGCUGUGCUUCGCGGGCCAGGUGGAGUGGGAGAAGUGCUCGGGCAUCUUCCCCCGGGACAGGGGCAGCCAGGGCGGAAGCAGCACAGAUAUCUCAGUCAGCUUGUUAGCAGUGGUUGUCAGCUUCUGUGGCCUGGCCUUGUUGGUUGUUUCACUUUUUGUCUUCUGGAAGCUGUGCUGGCCUUGCUGGAAGAGCAAACCGGUGACUACCAACAUCAGUACCCUUCCACAGAGCAUUUCAAGUGCUCCUACUGAAGUUUUUGAGACUGAAGAGAAAAAAGAAGUUAAAGAUAAUGAAAAGCCAGCUCUAAAAGUUAUUGAACCUGCUAUAAAAAUCAGCCACACUUCCCCUGAUAUCCCAGCAGAAGUCCAAACUGCUUUAAAAGAACAUUUAAUUAAACAUGCACGUGUUCAAAGACAAACUACUGAGCCUACGUCUUCAUCCCGCCACAAUUCCUUCAGGAGACACCUACCAAGGCAAAUGCAGGUUUCCAGUGUUGAUUUUAGCAUGGGCACAGAACCCGUUUUACAAAGAGGAGAAACAACAACCAGCAUCGGGAGGAUAAAACCAGAGCUCUACAAACAGAAAUCAGUUGACUCUGAGGGCAACAGGCAAGAAGAUAUCAAAACUUGUGGGAAACUUAACUUCACCCUCCAGUAUGACUAUGAAAACGAACUUCUAGUUGUUAAAAUUAUCAAAGCCUUAGAUCUCCCUGCUAAAGACUUCACAGGCACUUCUGACCCUUAUGUGAAGAUGUAUCUUCUUCCAGAUAGGAAAAAGAAAUUUCAGACCCGUGUGCACAGAAAGACUUUAAAUCCUCUAUUUGAUGAAACGUUUCAGUUUCCCGUAGCAUAUGAUCAACUAAGCAACCGAAAACUACAUUUCAGUGUGUAUGAUUUUGACAGAUUUUCUAGACAUGACAUGAUUGGGGAAGUGAUUCUUGAUAAUUUGUUUGAAGUCUCUGAUCUCUCCAGGGAAGCCACAGUGUGGAAAGAUAUUCAUUGCGCUACUACGGAAAGUAUAGAUCUGGGUGAAAUCAUGUUCUCCCUUUGUUACUUGCCAACUGCUGGACGUAUGACAUUGACCGUCAUCAAGUGCAGAAAUCUGAAGGCUAUGGAUAUCACUGGCUCAUCAGAUCCUUAUGUCAAAGUGUCUCUGAUGUGUGAGGGUCGAAGACUAAAAAAGAGGAAAACAACUACAAAGAAGAAUACUCUAAACCCUGUGUACAAUGAGGCCAUUAUUUUUGAUAUCCCUCCAGAGAAUGUGGACCAGGUCAGCCUCUCCAUCGCAGUCAUGGAUUACGAUAGGGUAGGACACAAUGAAGUCAUAGGAGUGUGUAGAACAGGACUGGAUGCUGAAGGUCUUGGGCGAGACCACUGGAAUGAAAUGCUGGCCUAUCAUCGAAAACCAAUAACACACUGGCACCCCUUGCUGGAGUUACCUGGCCGAGCAACCAGUUUUGAUAGUCAAGGAUCCUGUCCAUCUCCCAAACCACCUUCCACACCAUAAUGCCUCCAGAGUAAAGACCAUUAUAAUAAGGAACAAGGACCUGUGCUCAUCAGAUCAGAAAAAGAGUGGAAGGUUUGAUUUCCUCACUUAAAAUAUAUCUUGAUAAUGAACAAACUUGACGUAUGAUUUUUCAUUUACUUUUUUUGGCUGUUCAUUAACUUUGGACAUCUUGAUAAAUUUUACUUGAAUACAAAUACUCCUUAUUUGCAUAAAUCAUUUUAUUCUUCAUGUCAUAUGCCUAUUAGCACAAAGAGUGUUUUCUUAAGUUGCAAUUCUUUGCAUCAGUAAAGAAAUACGUUCUUUUAAAAGAAAUCUGUACUUAACCUAAAUUAAAUAUAGUUUAUGCUGCUAUUGUAUCAAGUAGCACAUGUCACGUUAUGUAUGGUUUUGGAUUUUGUUACAACAGUGCUAAUCUCUAGUUGUGUAGAUGAUUCCGUAUAAACUUUAAUGGAAGUUCUGAACUUCACUUACACAGAAUUAAAUCCUUGCACAAUCAAAUUCAUGUUACUUAUCUGAUAACAUACUCUUUCAUUCUCAGCAAAUUACACCCUUAGUGAGGUUUGGCUCUGCUAAACUCACAAAACUGUCUCUCAAGCUCAUUCUUUAAAACAUAUAAACAAUGUUAUAAUUUAAAGAACAAUUUUGAAUUAAAUUUAAGAAGUAAUAUUUAGUAGCUGGAAAAUGGAGGUUGAACCAUUUGGGCUACCAUUUUAUACUGUCUUAAUGUUACAGUAGUUCAAACAUCUGUUGAACUAUUUAACUGAUACUUAUGUAGCAUUAGUAUUCCUAAUGAAUAGAAUCAGAAACUGUUCAUUUUUUAAGUGUUUGUAAGGUUCUCGAGUACUGUGACAUAUAUAUUUUGUGACAUGAAACUAUCACAUAGAUCCCGUAUUUCUGAUAGAACAUACUAACAGACACCAAAGGUACAAUAAAUGCCUGUGCUCGUUGUCAACUAGAUUGUAAAUAGUAAUGGUGACUUUAAAACCCAAUCAGAAACUAGUCACUAGAAUUGGGUAUUUCCUAAAGACGGGAUGACUUAUUUUUCAGAAAUUAUAUAAAUAUACCAUAAAUAACAUAACUUCCACAUUUAAUAAAAAUAAAAAUAUUUCUAAAGGCCCAGACCCAUAGUCCUUUUAUGAAAGGAUCAAGGAUCAGGCCAGGAGUUGUAAAAACUAUGCAAAUGUUUUUACAUGACAGGACUUUCAUUUAAAUCAGGUCAGCUUUUUAUUGUCUCACUUCUGGGCCCUAUCAGAAGAUAUCCAUAUUGAAUGACCCCAUUUUAUUUUUGAGAUAUAUACUGUGGAUAGUGCAUAUUUCAAGAUUAUCCCUAGAUAAUAGUGCAUAUUUCAAGAUUAUCCCUACAUUAUAAAAACAUAGUCAUCAGAAUGAGAAAAUUUUAUCAGCAGUUAUAAAAUUUUGAUUUUAGUAAAAUAUCUUAUUUCUAAAUAUUAAAAAAAUUUUAAGAGCUGUGAAAUUUUGUUUGUGGCAUCUGUCAUAUGAUUGCAUUACUGUUAAUUAACAUGUAAAUAUUUUACACAUUAAUAUUUUAAAAGCAAACACUAUUCCAUAAAAUUUUUCAAGAAUAUCUGUAUCAUCCUAAUAAAAACAAGUAUUUCUAACUAGCAUUAGCUGAUAGAAAAUAAUAGAAGGAACCUGUUUGAAACCUUAUGAAGCCUAAAAGAACCAUUUGCUAUAGACAGAAUGACGCAAAAUGACACUUCCAUUUUGGAAUUCGUUGUUUUACUAGGAAAUAAAAAUUGUCAAAUGGGAAGACAAAUUAUACUCUUAAUAAAAUGACAUUUUUGCAGACAGAUGUUUUAUUAGUAGAUAUCGCUGCAGUUUGCUAUUAAUUAGCAACUAUAUUUCCCAAGCAUAAUAAUUAUUUUCAUCUGAAAACAUAUUUUAAGGACUUUAUAUGCAUUCUUAGAAGCUCUUGCUUUUCUUUGCCUCCUAUGGAGAAAAAGCCAAUGUUUGUGAUGAAAAAACACAACCAACCAGCCAAACAGGAGACUUUACUGUGGGGAUUAUGGAUUAAAAUACAAAUAUGUUUUUAAGGUAAUUUUUAAAAACGGUUUCCUAGGGCUUAGAAUAAACUUAUCAUGCCCAAUAUUUGUUAACCCUGUGAGAGAGAUUAAGGAGAACAACCACAACUAUCUCAUUUGAUGCCUGAGGGAGGUGUAUCCUCCUCCAUAAAGUGUGUUCAUUUCAGAGGACAGUUCAUGUAAAUAUACAUGUAUUUCAUGGAGACUACCAUUUUCAAUACAACACACCCUCACGCUACACAGACUCAUCCAUGCAAACCUAUUUUAUCCUCCUGUGUGUGACUGAAGAUGGAAUGUUUUUAAUUUCACAUAACGAACACCUAAUUUCAGGGACUAUUCAGGGACUGGUCAAACUGAAGUCUAAGGAAAGGGAGCAAGUGUUGAUUCAUUAUGUAACAAUACUAAUGUUCUUUUUGGGCUUUUUAUUUAUUUGUGUAUUUUACCUGAUUCGCUAAGUAAUCAGGGGAAUGAGGUAAUUGAAUAAUGAAGAGUACACUAAUGUUUGAGGAGUGUACAAUCUUCUCAGAAAAAUCUGAACAGAUGCUUUUUUUUUUUUUAACAGUGGUUUCUUAAUAAUAAGUUUCUUGACGGUUUUAAUUUUCUUUGUUAGGCUAGCCCUGUUUCUGGUACUUUGUUUCUCGUGUAAAAUCUCACGAUAUUAAUACAGGCACAGUUCAAUAAAAAAUAUCUUUAGGACUAUGCCGGGGAACUAGAGAUGGGAAUGCAAAGCCAAGCAUCUACUUUAUUGUGCAGUUUUGAGGAGUGUGUAUGUGUGUUUUAGUUACUGCAGGGAGAUCACUACUGAUCAAUACUGACUCAGGUUUUAGAUAAAAGCAAAUAAAUUUGAAUCUAUUUGAUUGUGAUAUUUAAUUAUCAUUUCCACCUGUGUUUAUUCUCCUAUAAUGUUUAUUAUUUUAAAAUUUUGCAGACUCAAUAAAGAGCUGUCAAUCUCAUAAGACUUUAACUUAAAAAUUAAUUGCUUUAAAAAUGAAAAAGCCAAACUUUCAUUCCCUUCUCAACUUUUGCUAUUCAUAAAACAGAAUAUAACUUAGUUCAGAAUGAAUUCUCAAAAGAGCCAAAAGCUAUUAACAAUAAAGGUACACAAAAUCUCAACUUUGAACACAUAGUCAUUUCUAUACCUCUUUAAAAUAGUACUUGAUGUUAUCUAAGUAGAUAUAUUUUCAUGGAAUGCAGUUCCAUCUGAUUAUUUCUUGCCACCUUAGUUUUGAUUAUUACCAGGCAAUUUAAUUACUUGAUAACUAAAACAAAACAACAAUAACAACAAUAAAAUAUUGUUGAUAAGGAGUUAAAGUCUUUCAACCUCUACUAAAUCUAAAGAAAAUGUGGAGAUCUGUUUUCUUCACAACUUGUUCUUGAAGUAGCUCUGGCUGUCCUGAUAUACUUUAAUUGAUCUAAACUUCUAUAGCUUUUAGGCUAAAAGUAUUGCUGCUAGUAAGAGAUGAUGCAAAAGCAUGAAAAGUAAAAUAAUUUAAAGUGAAAAUCUACAUAAACACAGACUUUAAAGCACAUGGAAAUAAAGAUUAUGAAGGCAAAAUCGAAAUCUCCUUUGUACCUUCAACUUUUAGUGGAAAAUAAAUCCUCUAAUACUGCUUUAAAAAACUCAUGACACAGAAUUUUAAUAGUUCCUCAGUGACAUGGCUCAGGAUAUGAUUCAUCUGAACCUACUAAGACUCAUUCUUUAAAAGAAAAUAGUGAGUUUAUAUCUUACAUAGGAAACAGCUGAUUAAUCAAAAUUCUGUUUCCAAUGUAUUACUUAGUGAUGCUCUUUAAGGUAAGAAUUUUCUAUUUCAUUAAAAGACUUUUACUAUAUUUACUCAAUUUUAUGUUAGAGUAAAUGGUAAUUUAAUAAAAGAUGCAUUGGUAAUACCUAUCAUUCACCAUUAACAGUUAACCAAAAAGAUGUGUAUUUGAACAGUGGCAGUAAAUUAAUAUUCAGUUCAAGUGUUUUCUCAUCAAAGUAAAAAGGUGUUUUUGUUUUCACCCUGUUCAUCAGGGAAGUGGGUAACUAAAGGUCGAAUUUGAUGGCAUGAAAAUAUCAUGCUCUAGCAACUUAAAAAGACAGAGCUAAAUUAAGCGUUAAGGUAAGGUUUAGGGAUUUAUUGAAUGCAAAUAUUUUGAAUACUAGAAAUGGUGACUGAAACAAUAGUAGGUGUUUAUGAGAAAAGAUAGACUUCCUUAUACUUGAAAUGACUUAAAUACAGUCCUACAAGGAGGUAUUCAUCAGAAUAAUUCUAUUUUUAUCUACACUCAAACACUGGAAAUGACUUGCUGUUGACAGAUCUAGAGAUACAGAUAGUAUUUAUAUGGAAAUGUUUUCAUCUCCAGUAAUAUCUUCUGAGCUCACCUGGGUCAUGAGAACCCUUUCCAAAGAGCAAACUAUGCCUGAUCUUAUGAAAGGGUUAAAAAUAGGUCAUUUUCUUCAGAAAUUUUGUUGUGAUUUACAUCUGCUGUGCACAGAAUCUUUAUUUACUGUACAGGGUGGUGGAUUUCAAUUAUUCAAUUUCAUAUUUUUCUUCCCUUAAAAAUAAUUUAAUGUGUAAUGAGGUAUAAUAUAGAAAUGAAUGAAAAAUUGUUAAGAGAAAUAAGUCUCAAUGUUGGACGGUUAAUGCAUUUGAUUUUUGUUUUUGUUAUCUAUUUCAAAGCUGUUUUUGUUUUGUUUUGUUUUGUUUCCCAGUCUGAACAUCAAUACAGAGAGUGUUUGGCGAUAAUUUUGCUGUAGAAUAAAGUUUAUGAACCAAAAGCAACAACAACAAAAACACUAUAAUCUCUAAGGCUAUGGUCAAGCUAGCCACAGAAUCGGUCUCUAUAAAAGUUGCAUGACUUACUCUAUUUGUAAUAUUUAUAUCUACUCUAUAUAGAUCAUUUUGUGGGUUUUACUUUUUUUACUUAAAAAGACCCUUUAAGCUUUCCAUUUAAAAGACAGUAAUCUCCAGAAUGGAUAGCUUCAUAAAUUCUAUCACUGUAUAAGAAAGAAGCAGGUGAACCAGCUUUAAUAUACAAAACAUUUACAUUUAUAGAUUUUUUAUAAAAAAAAAUCCAACCCAAGUUCAUGUCAUUUGCGUUGACUUUCUAUUGACCUUUCCAAAUGAGAGAAGUGAUGGGGUUCAUCAGAAAUAUAUGCAUAAGUCAUAGAACACAUUGAAGAGAGAGACCUUUUAAAAUGAAGAAUCAAGAGGUCAAAAUAGAAAAGAGCUGCCUCACAUUGUAAAUGUGAUGAUUCAACUAACAAAAACUUCAAGAUAUUUGCCAAUUAUGCUAAAUAGCCAGAAAACACAAAAAUUUUUCAUUCAUACAUGAUAUUGAAUAAUUUAGAUCCAUCGUAUUUGAUCUUUUUUGGUAUCCUUCAGUAUUGUUCAUAAGGUGACUUUUUAACUGAUUUGUGAUGUACUAUGUAGCCAUUGUUCAAAUCAGUAUCUUUAACUUCCGUAUUAUAGAGGAGAAAUUUUAAAAUCUUUUGAAAUUCGUGUUUCAGGUUUUUGUACAUUGUAACCAGCCAUUUGUGAAACUUGACCGCAUAUAAUUGUAUUACUUAGAACAAAUGUUUUGCAACCACAUUUAAAAGAUGUUAUACAUUUCAGUAUUUUUACAAUGUCUUCUUUAGAAUGUGUGGGAACAUAUUUGUCAGGUUCAGAUGAAUUACGUAACAAUGAAACCUCAAAGCUGUUGUUAUGAAGUGUACAGUUUAUGAUAACUUUUGUAAAAGAAAAUGGAAAAGCACUUGAAAUAUAAUUUUACUGUUUCAUAUGUAUUUUGAAAAAUAAA